GUCUACAGAUCACGGGUUCGAGGAGGAAGAGGAGGGGGAGGAGCACAGUCAGGGAGCAGACAGAAUAGCACAGGUAACGAGAGUCGUCAUCGUGACAGGAACAGUUGAAGGAUCGGAAUCGGCAUCAUUGCGACAGGAACAACGGAAACCAGUGAAGGAUUGGGAUUGGCGUCAGCGUGAUAGGAACAAUUGGAGGAUUGGGAGUGGCAAACAGUACACCAAGGAGGAAAGAUGGAUACAGGUUGCCCUCACCACCCGCCUCCCAUGACGCCGAUGUCCCCUCCGGACCCCGAUUACCCUGUCGAGGGGAAAAUGACCAUAUACGUACGAAUGUGGGGCAAGAAGACGAUCGAGAUCCGCAAUAUCUCGCCGUAUGCGAAAGUGCAGUCUCUCAAGGAAUUGAUUUAUGGCGCCGAGAAGCUGUGUGUCUGGCACCAGCGUCUCGUUUACGGCGGAGUUGAGUUGGAGGACAGUUUCACACUACACGAUCACAACAUUCCGGAUGGGCAACAACUCUAUCUAUUCCUCAGAAAUGCCGAAGGCGAGUCUUGUUGAGUUGACGAUGGGAGCGAUGUUGUCAUGGAGGUGGUUGAUGGUGGGAGCGACAUUUGCUAUGUCCGAAAUGUAUGCUGUUUUGCAAAUGGUCAUAUGCUGUUUUGCAAAUGGUCAUUUCAACUUUCAAGAAAUGAUGCUGUGCGCGACACGGUCGUCAUGAUGCCCGACAUGUACUUCGAAGAAAUGUAUGCUGUUUUGCAAAUGGUCAUUUCGAAAACACCAUGGGCGCGUGGGGUAGUCGAAUCCAGGGCGAAACGAAUGCCCGCCCAAUGGUUGUAGCAGGGAAGUUGUGUGUAGGGGGGGGUACGUGGGUUCGCUCAGUCUAUAAGCUCCCCCUUACGCUAGAACUAUUAUCCCACACUAGAACUAGAACUAGAACUAGAACUAUUGUCCCACACUAGAACCAUUGUCCCACACUAGAUCUGUUGUUGCACGGUAUAUAAAGUUAUUGUCCCAUCCUGUUACGAGUUGAAUGCCCGCCCAAUGGUUGUAGCAGGGCAGUGCUGUUGGAGCUUAACUCAAGUUAACUGAUGCUUAACUGAAGCUUACCUGAAGCUUCACUGUAGCUUCACUGAAGCUUCAUUGAAGCUUUUAGCUUAACUGAAGCUUAACUGAGGUUACCUGCAGUUACCUGCAGUUAACUGAAGCUAACUGAAACUAACUGAAGUUAACUGAAGCUAACUGAAACUAACUGAAGUUAACUGAAGCUAGUUUGAAUCUGUUGUCGCACACCCGUCGUGUUACGAGUUGAGUGCCCACCCAAUGGCAUUCGUUGUUGUGGCAGGGCAGUGUUGUUGGAGCUUAACUGGAGCUUAACUUAAGUUAACUGCAGUUAACUGCAGUUAACUGCAGUUAACUGCAGUUACCUGAAGCUAACUGAAGCUAACUGAAGCUAGUUGGAAUCUGUUGUCACACACUAGAACCAUUGUCCCGUCUUGUUACGAGUUGAG